GACUGUCUGGCAACGCCCCGCGCAACACUCAACAGCUGGCAGAUUAGAAACUCAUUUCGGAGCAAUUUAUUUUCGAACGUGUCCUCCCCAAAGAGUAAUUAUCUCUCUAGUUGCUUCAGCUAAGUUCAGUGUGUGUAUAAAACAACGAAAACAAGAGCAGAAGGAAAGGAAGAUAUAGAUAUAGAUAUCGAAGAAGUGCAGCCAUAUUCAGAGGAACUGCGUCAUGCUGCUGCAGCGGAACAAACUAGGCAGUGUGCGCCCACCGAAGCGUUGCAGGAGCGACAUGGACAACACCUCCACGUCGGACAUUGUCAUCAUCAAUGGCAACUCGCACCCGGAUCUCGCCAACAUGGUCGCCGAUCGCAUGGGUCUGAAGAACGGCGGCUGUUCCGUCUUCCACAAGUCCAAUCGAGAGACGAUUGUCGAGAUCAGUGACUCGGUGCGGGGCAAGGACAUCUACAUCAUCCAGACGGGCACCAAGGACGCGAACAACAACAUUAUGGAGCUGCUAAUCAUGGCCUACGCGUGCAAGACCUCGUCGGCCCGCUCCAUUGUGGGCGUGAUCCCGUACUUGCCGUACUCGAAGCAGUGCAAGAUGCGCAAGCGUGGCUGCAUCGUCUCGAAGCUGCUGGCCAAGAUGAUGUGCACCUCGGGCCUCACGCACAUCAUCACGAUGGACCUGCACCAGAAGGAGAUCCAGGGCUUCUUCGAUAUACCCGUGGACAACCUGCGGGCCUCGCCCUUCCUUCUGCAGUACAUCCAGGAGAGCAUACCCGAAUAUCGCAAUUCCGUGAUUGUGGCCCGCAAUCCAGGCGUGGCCAAGAAGGCCAACUCCUAUGCGGAGCGACUGCGUUUGGGCCUGGCCGUCAUCCAUGGCGAGCAAAAGGAGGCAGAAAGCGACGAGGUCGAUGGCCGCUACUCGCCUCCGCCGACCAGUGCGUAUAGCAAUUUAUUAGGAAAUUCAGUUGAAAUGUGCUUUCCAGCGGCGCCUAGAAACUCUACUCCACAACACGCACCCAUUAGCAGCAGCAGCCGACAGCGCACCACCUCGGUGUCGGUGGGCGUGCCGGAGCAUCCGGUGAAGGUCAAGCCGCCGCUCACGAUCGUGGGCGAUGUAAAUGGACGCAUAGCCAUCAUGGUUGAUGAUCUGAUUGAUGAUGUCCAGUCAUUUGUGGCCGCCGCCGAGAUGCUGAAGGAGAACGGAGCCUGCAAGAUCUACGUGCUGGCCACGCACGGUCUGCUCAGCUCAGAUGCGCCCCGUCUGCUAGAUGAGUCCUGCAUUGAUGAGAUCGUUGUCACCAAUACCAUUCCACACGAGAUACAGAAACUGCAGUGCCACAAGAUCAAGACGAUCGACAUCUCCAUACUGAUCGCCGAGGCCAUACGCCGCAUCCACAACAAGGAGUCCAUGUCGUAUCUCUUCCGCAACGUUACCCUGGAGGACUAAGGAUCCACUGCGAACACUACACACUCAUCCCAUGUAUCCCAUAUACUCACCCACACUUUUUAGUUCAUUCUGUUGAGGUCCCAAAAAAGUUUCAUCCCCGGAUCCUUCGGGGUGCUAUGUUCUUUAUAUUGCUUGUUUUUUCGCUUUAGAAACCAUUACAAGGCGCCCAGCGCUCGCUCGUUUGCUCAAAUAAACAAAUAAUCCAGUCCAAUAA